AUGUCCAUGGAGAUCCCCAAGGCGGCCUUAGCUAAGGAGCAAAAGGAAAUGGAAGAUAAAGUAACUAGUCCUGAGAAAGCAGAAGAAGUAAAAUUAAAAACAUGGUAUCCUCAUCUGGGACAAAAGCCUGGGGGUUCAGAUUUCUUGAGGAAGCAACUGCAAAAAGGACAAAAGUAUUUUGACUCUGAGGAUUACAACAUGGCUAAAGCAAAGAUGAAGAAUAAGCAACUUCCUUCUGCAGCAGCCCCUGAUAAAACAGAGGUCACUGGUGACGACAUUCCUACUCCUCAGGAUCUUUCACAGAGCAAACCAUCCCUUGCUGCUAGCAAGCUGGCUGGCUGA